AUUUGUAGUUGUAAUAUUUACAUUCGCUUAUUUACCUACUUUGUAAUGACCUUGAUAUCCAUACACAUAUCUCUGAGAUACCUGUCAAAAUUUAACUAUUUAAGAAGAGACUUUCGGGGAAAUCUUUAUCAGUCAACCACAGGAAAGAGUCUGUAUUACAAGUUAGAAUGAAACACUACAUCGCAGUUUUAAUUAUCGGUUCUGUCCUUGCACUUGCAACGGCCACCGACUAUUGUUCAUCCGAUUUGUGUAAUAAAGGAGUAACACAUGUUGCCUGUGGACCUAAAGAAUUUUCCUCCUCGUGUCCCUCGAAUGCCGCCUUCGUUUCAAUUGAUGACAAAUUAAAAGCUGAAAUUGUCAAGGCUCACAAUGAAAAACGAAAUUUAGUAGCUGGCGGUGGUGUUAAUGGUCUUGAACCUGCCUGUCGUAUGGCUACCAUGGAAUGGGAUGGCGAAUUGGCUGAGGUUGCUGCCUAUAACGUUCUGCAAUGUAAGAUGUCUCAUGACAAGUGCCGUAAUACGGAAACCUUCAAAUAUGCUGGACAAAAUUUGGCUUGGAGAUCCUAUUGGGGCAAACCUAAUUACAGUUCACUUUUCGGAAAAUCUUUUGACAUGUGGUACAAUGAGGUAAAGGAUGUUAAAAUGGAUUACAUCAAGGAUUUCCCAAAGGGCUAUAGUGGACCGGAUAUUGGUCAUUUCACUGUUAUAAUGGCCGAUCGCAAUAUUCGUGUGGGUUGUGCUGCUGCCACAUAUAAGGACUCAGGAGACAAACAAAUCUUCUUGGUUGCCUGCAAUUAUGCCACCACCAAUAUGGUGGGUAACCCCAUCUAUGCCAAUUGCAGUUCUCCAGCCAGUAAGUGUGAGACUGGUAAAAAUUCACAAUAUUCCAAUUUGUGUUCUUCAUCGGAAAAGUAUGACGUUAAUAAAUGGCAGUGAAAGAAACUAUA